CACCGCAUUACAGUUACCGUGGAGACCACUCAACAAAGCUUGUCUAGUUGUUUUGGUUGGAGAGCUUGGCUAGCUAGAGGAUAAAUACUAGCCAGUUACCUAGCUAACUUACAAUAAGUACACAAACAUAACAAGCAUCUGCACCACCAUGGCUCACGUUAGGACAUACAGACCAGACGUCCGUGUUGGAAACUGGAGGGAGGACGUUACAUUGGAGGAGGACACACUGAAGGACUUCUUGGAUAGGAAGGAGAGGGGAGAGCUGAUGGUGCAGAAAACUGGGUUCCUCAAACAAAACAUCCUCAAACAGGUUAACCUGUCUGUUUCUGUGGGAGGUGCAGUGUGUUUUGGUGAUGUUGUGAUGCUGGUGAAUGUGUGCGGAGACAACAGCUGCUCAGUCAGCAUCUACGCUGACCUGACCAACGUGGGGGAGGGGCCUAGUCCAGCCAUUCAGGCUCCCUGUGGGGUCAGUGGGGGGAGGAGUCUGCAGCCAUGCACACGCAACGCAUUCAUCAUCAGCAGUGUGGAUGGCAGUGCAGAGGGAGAGCCUCUGCGCUAUAAUCAGAGUUUCGCCCUCAGAACAACUAGUGGCUUUGCUGGAGGGUUGUAUCUGACGAGUGACCACAAGACCUUCCAUAAGUGUGCCAAGAAGUCCCGCCUCCAGGAAGUGAUCAUGGAGCAUCAGGCUAACUUCCUGUCCUGGUGGAAGGUUCUACACAAUGACCCUCAGGAAAGACUGGAGCAUGAGGGGCUGCCUGUUCCUGCCAACAGUAAAGUGCUCAUCUCCCACUGCAAGACCAACCAGGCUCUGGCUGUUCUAGGACAACACAUCCUGUGGACUCCGUAUGGUAAAGAUUACACUGGUAGUAGUAGCAGUAAUAGUAGUAGUAUUUUUGUAGUAGUAGUAAGUAGUAGUACUACAGUAGUAAUAUUGUGGAUUAUUGUGGCUAACAGGGCUCCAUAUGGUAAAGAAUACGAGACAGCAGAAGUAGUAGUAAUCCCUAAAAUGGCGCCGGAGAAGAAGGCAGAUGUUUUACAUGCCCCCAACCUAUUGUGUUUUUUUGUUCAUUUAUCUGCGUUGUUUUUUACUUAUUUUGUACAUAAUGUUGCCGCUACCGUCUCUUAUGACCGAAAAUAACUUCUGGACAUCAGG